UCAGUCUUAUUUUGUUGUGUUGCGAGUUUCACAUCAAAAGUUCCAACUUUUGGGGUGCUCGAAGAGAGAAAUUUUUCAAGUUGGUGGAAAAAUACAAAACAACAAUUUGUUUUUCCCAAAACGAAAUUGCUCCUCUGUGGACAUUUUAAUUGCAUUUUCAUAACGAAUGGAAAAUCCUGCAAAACAGCAGGUAGUUCCGCGCAAUUGAGCCAAGUGCAAAAAGCAAGUUUGACGUGCAAAUUUUCUUGCAAAGUGAAAUUCACUUAUUUUUGCCACACAGCUGCUCUUUGGAAAAUUCUCUGUGUUGAGAAUUUAAAUUGAAAACUCUUUUAUUUUUAACGGGAUUCAAUUCCCUGUGAGAUGUCCUAGGAAGUCUCUGGAAAUGCUAUAAAGGGGGUGUGCGCUAAGUGGGUGGUUUGAGCCUGUUUUCUUUUGCUUUGAAGUGGGAAUUUGGUGGUGGACAUUUUUACUAGUUUACUGGAAAUGGACAAGAGAGCGAAAUAAGACGCGUCAAAAUCCAGUUUUGUGAUUCUCAACGAGACUUUACUAUUGAAAUUGUAUUUGUGCUGCAAUUACAUUUGUGUGUGCACCAUUAGUUGCUGCGACUAGCUUGUUCCCAGCAAACUGCGAGAAAAUCUUCACAGCAAACAUUUUAAUCAAAGCAGGCUCUGCAAUUUAUUAAAAUAAAUUGAAUGAAGUUUCGGGAUUGUCGUCAAUGAAGGUUUCACGGCUGUGACACACGCCUUUGGCCGGCGACAGCGGCAUCACCAACAAACCAACAAUUUGUUUUGCAAGAGGAGAAAACAGCGCCAAUUGCUUGAGUUGGGGAAGAACGCAUUGUGAGAAAAAAUCUUCAGCAGUAAACAUUCUUUCAGGACAACUUCUUCGUUGGAAGGUACUUUGUAGUUAUUCGGACUGGACAUCGAUAGGGAAAAUCAAUUUCUUCCUUAUUUGUAUGAGAAGGCAUUCGCUUCUUAUUAUUUGCUAAAAAUCAAUUUGUCCUUCCUAAAAUUUAAUAAUAAUAAAUCAACCUCCACAAAGGAGGAGGCGGUGUCCACAAACGGCGGACACGCAAACGGUGGGACCACAAAUUCAACAAAUAGCGCCAACGGUGGCACAAUGGUGAAGACGUUCCAAGCAUAUCUACCACCGACAAAUAGAACAUACUCCUGCGUCCACUGCCGGGCCCAUUUAGCUAGUCACGAUGAGCUGAUAUCUAAGUCGUUCCAAGGGAGUCAAGGACGAGCCUAUUUAUUCAAUUCCGUAGUAAAUGUCGCUUGUGGCCAGGCAGAGGAGAGAGUAUUAUUGACAGGACUUCAUGCAGUUGCAGAUAUUUACUGUGAAUGCUGCAAAACACCGCUCGGGUGGAAAUAUGAGCAUGCCUUUGAAUCGAGUCAGAAGUACAAGGAGGGCAAAUAUAUUAUCGAAUUGGCACACAUGAUUAAGGAAAAUGGCUGGGAUUGAUCGAUGAGCGGCUGCCUCAGGGCUGAGUCCUUCUCUCCCACGCAAAUUUGUCCCGCCAGACGAUGUGUGUUGUAGUGCAAGGGAGAUGGAAUCCACAUUAUUUUAACACCCAAAUUCAUGUGAAAAAAACAUUGAAUGGCAUCUCUUGAACAUUUUUAUUUUUGAGAUUCAUUCAAUUCAAUUUUCAUUUUUGACUUUGACUCUUAUCACACAUCCACAUAAGACAAGAAAAAUAAACCAAACAGAUGAGAUUUUCCUGAAGGAGACUCCAUUGCAUUGCAAACAUCCUGACUAUGUGGGUGAUUCAAUGAAAAUUCAAUGGAGGAAUCUUCAAUAUAAAGGAUAAGGAGGAUCUUUCCCGCGGAAUGACGAUACUGAAAGAAAAAAAAAACUUUUUUUUUUUAGUUGAAUGGGGAAGAUCCUCUAUUUUCUGUGUAUAAACCUCAAUGGUAUUUUACGAAUGAAAAUGAUGGGACCUUCACUCCAGAGAGAGAGAGAGAAAGAAACACAGAAGAAUUAACUUUUUUCCUUUGAAUUUUUGCGACUUUCAAGCCGGGCUUUUCCUUUAAAAAGAAAUUAAUAAAGCAAAUUAAAAUAAUUUGUUCCUCUUGCAAAGCAUUUGUUGCUGUCUCAGGAAGGAAUGACUAUUGCUCUUGCUACAGAAAAAAAUAUUAAUUUGUGAAUGACUCCAAUUUAAUUUUUAAAAAUCAACCACCAAUCUAUGAGUCAAGAAUGAAUAUUUUGUAAUUAAAUAAAAAAAAUUAUUAUAAGCUGAUGAAAUUCAACUUCUCUUGCGUAUAGACUGAAAAAAUAUAUAAAUUAAAGUUUCUGGAAAUGGCGAAAUUUUUCCGGAAAUUGCGUUUUAGUUUUUAACAAAAAAAAUUCCUUUUCCUUUUCGUCUCUUUUCAAACUUUUCACCUUCCUUUAAAAAUGAUAAAUUAAAAAAAAAGGCAUAUAACAAAUUAAAAAGGUAGAGUUUCUACAAAGUUAUUUGCGAAUUAAUGAGCUCACGGUGCUAUUUCGGCAAUAUUGAACAUUAUUGAAAUGAAACAUUCACUUUACUAUUGGAAUGCGAUUUUUUUUUUAAUUUCAUUGACCAUAAUAAUUUUUCAGUUGAAUGGUUUUUGUUGACAUUUUAUUUUUAAUUCUGUAGAAAAAUUUAUAUAGAAAGUAUGCGAAUAUUUAAAAAAAAACUAAUUUUCCGAACUUUGUUGAAAAAAUCACAAAAAAAUUAAAGAAUUCUCAAAAAUUCUUAUUUAUUUUGAUGCUCCGAAGUGUUUGCACUAUAUAGCAAAAUAACUAAAGUAAUGCAAAAAUAAUUUUUUUAUUUCGAAUUGAUUUGAAUUUUUAAAAUAAAUUAAUUGCUGACAAUCGGUGGCAGCGGUGGGAUCUGAUCUAAAAAAUAGCUCUAAUAACCUUUCAAUUUCUAUCAGAAUAAUUUGAACUUCUUGGUAAUAAUUCAAUUCUUGUUAACAGAAAUCAGAAGAAUAUUAAUUACAGAGAAUUUUUUUUACACUAGAUCCCACCGCUGCCACCAAUUGUCAGAUACUGAUUUAUUAUUAAUAUCAACUGAUAAGUUUACAUAUAUUAGAAUUUCUCUAAAAUCGAAUACGUUUAGUUUGCUACGUUAGUCGUUUUGCUCUAAAAUGUACGAAAUGUGUUCAAAGUAUUCAAAAAAAAAAUUUAUAAAAUGUUCAAAACUAUUCAGAGUUUUUUGCAAAACAGAGAAUUUUGUCCGAUAAAUACACCAGUUUAUUCAGUUAAAUGCUCAAAUUCAGCAGAUUACUUUGUACAGUAAACUCAAUAUAAGAGGAAUUUUACAAUCAGUUUUGGUGCCUAAAUUAAAAAUUUGUCUUUUUAAUUUUUUUUCAAAAAUAAUUAACUGAAAAUAACUCAAAUGCUGUCAAAAUAAUUUAUCUUAAAAGGUGUCUGAGAAAUGAUUUCUUUUUUUUUUAUUUAUUACAAAUUUUAUUACAAAUUAAAUGGAUACGAAAUAAGUUCGAUUUUUUGUGAAAAUUUCCUUGAAGACACCCUUAAAAAAUUUUUAAACUCUGCUCUGAAUUUUCUUUUUAAACUUCUCAAAGCUAUUUAAAAAGUAAAUUAGAUAUUUAUAAUACGAGCAAAAUUAAAUUAAAUUAACACAUUAAAAGAAUCGAUAAAAACAUAUAUUUAUAAAAUAUCUAAACACGUGAAGUAGCGUUAUUUAGAGAAAAUUUAGAGAAAACAUAAAUUAAGGAAGAGAAAAAUUCGAAAAAUACUACAACGAUUUCUUUUAUCAUUUUUUUUAAAUAUCCUGAAUAUUCAUAAAACUUUCGUUUAAAAAUGAAAACAUCCUGUUCAACAAAAUAUCAAUCAUUCUUGCGGGAGCAGAAGAAGGGAAAAGAAAAUACAAAUACCUAUUUUUUAGAGGAAAAAAAAAUAAAAACUGCCAAAUAAAAAAAAAGUGUCGCUCCUAAAUGUAAUUUAAACAUUUAAAAUAUGCAAAUAAACAGCAAAAACCACUACCAACACACUGUUAAAAAAACAAUGGGAAAAAUAGUACUAAAAAAAAUAGAAAAAAAAUAGAAUAAAAGAAAAAAAAUAUUUGUAAUAAGAAAGGAAAAUCUUAAGUCAUGAAGGAGAAAUUCAUAAAACAUAAAAUAAUAUACAUUAUAAAUUAACAUCAGUAUAUAAAAAAUAUGAAGAAUAUCACUUUUCUGACCUUAUUAUUAAUGAUAAAAAAAAAAACAAAAAAUAAAGAAAAAAAAUGCUGCGUGUAGAAAAUGUUCUCGACAGGCUAUGGCGUUAAUAUAUAAGUGAAAAAAAAAGCGAAAGAGUGCUUCAAAAAAUCGAGAAAAACUCUUUCAAUGUAUUUUUUAUUGAGCCUACAUUGAGGAUAACAAAAAAUAAUAAUAUUUUUCUUCUUUUGACAAAUUAUUUCUUUUUUUGUGAAAUGAUGGAACAGAAUUUAUGUGAUAAAAUAAGAAAAGAAGAAAAAACGUGUGUAGAAAAAAACGUGUUAAGGUAGAAAAUGAUGGUGGUAAUUAUUACGUGAAUUUCAAUGAACAAGAAAUCAAUGCAAUUUUAAGUUUUUUUUUAAAUCUUAUUCUACAUUUUUUUUUUAACUUUAGUAAAAUGGUGUUUAAUGACCCCUUUUUUGUAAUUAAGUUUGAUAUGCAUGAAGCGCUUUUAUUGGAAAAAAAUCAUUUUAUUUUAAGGAGCAAACAGCUGAAGAAAGAGAAUUAGAACUAUUUUUUGUUUUUACGGUUUUAGAAAAUUAAAAAUUAUAAAUUUUCAUAAAAAUAUCAUUUCUUUGCAAGUUUUUUUAAAGAAAUAUUUGGUAAUUGCAACGUAAAAAAAAUUCUAUAAAUGUGAAUUAUUAAACAAAAAAAAACUGAUCAAUCCUAAGCUGUAUGCUCCUUAUUUUAUUCCUUCAUACAAGGUGGAUCAAAAUGAAUUAAUAGUAAGAAAUAAUUAAUUUUUUAAAAUCAUUUAUCAAACAUUUAAGAAAAAUUCUUCUUUGUAAAAUAUUUUUGAAAAAUUAUUUUUCCAGAAAGAAAAACAGCAGAAAAACCUAGUUCACAGCCUACAUUGCCGUAAAUUAAAUUAUAACAUUUUGAACCAUCUUGUAAUACUUUUUUCUCUAUCUUUUCUACUUCAAUUACAAUAAUUUGAAUUAGAAAAAAAUCUAACUCGUCAUUUUUCCAUAUUUUUUCAUAAACAAAAAAGUAAGAAUAAAAAUUAAAUAAAAAAAUAUUUUCGUAUUAAACACACACAUUGGAGGAUAAGAAAACUUAUUAACAAUAAUCAUUAUGGUUAGUAUAAAUGAAAUAUUAAAUUACAUUAUACUAAUACUAAAUGUAUAACUGUGCAAUUGUGAUAUGAGAAACUUCUUUAAAUAAAAGAAAAAUUAAUAAACAUAAAAAAGAAAUGAAAAAAAACAAGAAAAAAAAGAAUCUAAAGUAGUGGAGAGCUAUAGAAUAUAAAGUAGAGAAGAAGAGUGCGUAGAAUAGCGCUAUAUAUGGAACAAGAAGAUUUGAAAAUUUCUUUUUUUUUUUGAAUGGUGAGACCAAACCUAUUGAGGAAACGUGUGAUAUACAUAAAUGAAAAAAAAUUAAAACUCGUAAAAAAAAAAGUAGAAUGAAGAAGAAAAGUCUUAAGGAUUUUACAUAAUAAAUAAUAUUGUGGAAAAAUUUAAUUAAUAAUACAAUAUUUUAGUGAAUAUCAUUGAUGUUUGUUUUCAAUUUUUAUUUUGAAACACAUUUAUGCUAUAAAUAUUUUUUUUUAGAAAUUAAUUAGAAUUUAGUGAGAUUUUUUCUAUUAAAUACUUUUCUGAGCUGAA